AUGUUCCGCUCAUCAGUCGCAAAGACUAUCCUCGCCGCUGCCCGCCCUACCGUCCACCGCGCGGCCCUGCGGCCACUGGCUGCUCGUGGGUACCACGAGAAGGUUAUCUCCCACUACGAAAAGCCCAGAAACGUUGGCUCCCUGCCAAAGAACGACGUAGAUGUGGGCACAGGCCUUGUAGGCGCGCCUGCGUGCGGCGAUGUCAUGAAGCUGCAGAUUCGUGUAGAUGAGAAUGGCAUCAUCUCCGACGUGAAGUUCAAGACGUUUGGAUGCGGUAGCGCCAUUGCUUCCAGCUCGUACAUGACCGAGCGCGUCAUGGGCCUCUCGCUCGAAGAGGCUGGCAAAAUCAAGAACACCGAAAUUGCCAAGGAGCUCUGCUUGCCACCUGUGAAGCUCCACUGCUCCAUGUUGGCAGAAGAUGCCAUCCGUUCAGCCAUUCGGGACUAUCGGUCCAAGAGAGCUCAACUGACCGCCGAUGGGUCUACAAAGAAAGCAGGCUUCAUCGACGUCACCCAGAAUUCGUCAACAGGAGCAACAACAGCUUCUGCUAGCUCAGCAUGA